CUCGGGCUCUCUUGCUAUGCAGUCACCUCCCUCGGUCCACAGAUCGGUGGCAAAACGCGUAAAUGGUUCUUAACUCCGCGCUGGAGGUUUCGCAACGCUUCGUGUGGUAGCGCACCAGGAAAACGCCGUUCGCCUCAGACCCACGGGUAAAAUGGCCCCGCAGAACCUCACCUGCCACUAUAAUGAGCGUAUGGGCUUCUUUUACAACAAAAGUGGUGGUGAUGAUAAAUGGGACAAUACUCAACUCAUCCUGGUCCAGGUGGUGGGCUCCCUCUUCUGCUGCUUCAUCCUGGUGUCCAAUGCCAUGGUCAUCGCGGCUGUCAUCACCAAUAAGAGGUUCCACUACCCUUUUUACUAUCUUCUCGCCAACCUCGCUGCCUCGGAUUUCCUCGCAGGCAUAGCGUACGUGUACCUCAUGUUUAACACGGGUCCGGUUUCACGGCAGCUCACAGUCAGGGGAUACUUCAUCCGCCAAGGCCUUCUGGACAUUAGCCUCUCAGCCUCGCUGGCCAACCUGCUGGUCAUAGCUCUGGAGCGGUACAUGUCCGUCAUGAGCUGGAAAGCCCAUAGCAACCUGACAAAGAGGCGCGUGACCCUGCUGAUAGCUCUGGCCUGGACCAUCUCCAUCUUGAUGGGGGCCGUGCCCAGCCUGGGCUGGAACUGCAUCUGCAACCUGGACGAAUGCUCCCAGCUGGCUCCCAUCUUCAGCAGGAGCUACCUGAUCUUCUGGUCGGUCUCCAACCUGGCGGUGUUCCUCGUCAUGGUGGCCAUCUACAUGAGGAUCUACAUCUACGUCAAGAAGAAGACGGCGAUGCUCAUGCCGCACACCAGCGGCUCCAUCAACCGCAAGAGGACUCCCAUGAAGCUGAUCAAGACGGUGAUGGCUGUGCUCGGGGCCUUUGUCUUCUGCUGGACCCCUGGCCUGGUGGUCCUCCUGUUGGACGGCCUCAACUGUGAGAGAUGUCAGGUGAUGAAGCUGAAGCGCUGGCUGCUGCUUUUGGCCGUGCUCAACUCCGUCAUGAACCCGUGCAUCUACUCCUACAAGGACGAGGAGAUGUGGACUACGUUCAAGAACCUCAUGCGAUGCAUUGGCAACGGCACCCGGCGGCAGCGGUCCACGCGGGCCAACACCAGGCCUCUGACCUCCGGCCAGGACACGGGCAACAGCCAGCCGCCCUCGGAGGAGACCAAAGGCGACGAUCAUGGCAUUCUCAACACGUGAGACGGGACCGGAUGAGGGAGUUCGCAGAGCUUUUAUGCCCGGAUCAGAAUGGAAGUCGGCCUCUAAAGACGGCGGCACGCUUCAUCUACACUUUUCCUCUGUGGUUUUAAUGACUGUCUUGAAGAAACGCCGCUCGCCAAGUGCUGCGGUGCAGCGUUGGAGUUGCAGUUCGAUAGCGAUCAUCAUGCGCCACCGAUUACCUUAAACGCCGCAGCAGUGUGUUACGUCGUUGGGAUCUUUCAAUUCCUGGACACAUAAAUCUCACAGAAAUGGGAGAUUUUUAAAUCAAUUUCCUCCCCCUUAUAUCCAUCUGGGUCCUUUAUUUACCGCUCAUAACGGUGUCAUUAAGACACUAUUAAAAAAUGAACACCGUUAAACCAGGAAGGAUAAUAUUCUCAUCAAGUGAGACUUUUCUUUUUUCCCCCAAUGAACACUUGUAUAUAUUUACAUGAAUUUUCUUGUCUAUACUGGUUGUAAAGCUUAAUUGCAGAAAUACUGUAAUUUAACUUUUUUUACUGUCUUUUUUAUUUUUAUUUUUUUUACUCGGGCAACACUUUUUGUAGAAAAUCACUAAUGUAAAAAUCCUGUAAACUGCUGUACUUUUAAGCAUCUACUUGAAGAUCUUGUUAGGAAUGGUUGCCAUCAUUCAUGCUCCACAAUGUUUUAACUGUAUUUUAUUAGUUUUUCUGUAUCAUCAGGUCACUUGGAUACAAACUCCUCGCACAUGACUGCUGAAACAGUUGCUUGACUCACUGUAGCAGGGCCGUAAAACAAUGUUGCAACACUAGAUUCUUCCUGGAAGUUCAGCAAAGUGUGCAUACCUGCAGGACCCAAGUUAGACACGACAGAAACUAGCUUCCCACACAGAUUCCCCAAGGCUGACCUGUUCACCAUAUUGCUUAAUUGUUCAUGUUUCAUCACGUUACUGUUUGUGCCUUUUGCUCCUGAAACGUGCCGGACAGAUUUGAAGCUAAUUUGUUUUAGUCUUGGAAGUUCUGUCCUUGUUUUUUUGUCCUUGUUUUUUGUCCUUGUGGUGAAUCCAAACAUUUCUAAACAGCUCAAUCACUUAAUCAACAUGGUCCCUGUGCACUUCCUGUUGCACUUUAAAAUCUCAUAGUCCAUUAGAUCACUGCUUCUUUUUGCAGAACAUUAAACUGUAAAAUGACCGAUUUGUAACUUAUGACCUGAGGAAAUGGUACAGAAAGAUUGAGGUGGUAUCCACAAUAUGCUGGUCAGAUUUGUGUAAAUAGAAAAAAGGAUGGACUGGGCAGUCAGCAUCAACAUUUCAAAGCUUUAAAAAAAAUCCCAUAAAUUCUUAACCAAUGUUAAUGAUGAAUAAUUUUCUCUUGUGUUUCUGGCAGACUGAUAUAAGAUAUCAAGUAAAAGACUUUUUGUAGAAUAUUCUCAUCAGCCUUAAUUUCGAAUAACCAAACCCAUAUUUUAUCGUAAUGCAGUUAACCGUUAGGCUGGUUGGAUUCCAGUUGCCUUUUCCUAUUCGUUUUCAAUACCACACCAUCUUCCCCUCAUCGUACAAUCUUUCUCAUCAAGGUCAAGAUAAUGUACAAAGAAAUGUCUAGAGGAGGUUAUUUUUGUUAUUGUUUUCUUCUCUAAUAAAAAAAAAUCCCCUCUUCCCUUUGUAUGACAGAAAGACUGCCUGCUGAUUUUGAAUUUGGUAAAAAAAAAAGAGAACAAAUAAAAAGAUGACUGAUGAAAUGGGUUUAAAAAGUUUGCUGGGCA